CAAGUAAUGAUCAGAACAUUCUGUAUGAAGUUAUGUUUGCUCACCACAGAGUGUGUAAACAGGGGAAAAGUGUAGUAAUAAAGUUGACGCCAGCUAUAAAGGCAUUAUGGGUGAUGAAAGAGCGGAUAGGAUGGCUAAAGAAGUUAUUAAAAGAGUAGACUUAGAUGUUCAGAUACCAUUAUCUAAAUCUGAAGGAAAGUGUAUAGUUUGGAAAGAAAGUAAGAAGUUAUGGAAAAUGGCAUGGGAUAAGGAAACUAGAGGGAGACAGUUGUACUGGGUACAAAAUACAGUAGAAGUAAAAAGAAAUAAAGGAAUGAAUAGGCAGGAGGAGAUUGUUAUAUGAGUAGAAUAAGAACAGGGCAUUGUUACCUGAAUAGCACUCUUUUAAGGAUGGGGAAACAUUUGACGGGGUUAUGUAAUUGGUGUGGUGUUAUGGAAAAGGUUGAGCAUGUAUUUAUUAACUGCAGGAGGUAUGGUAACUAUAAGAGAAUGAUGAGGGUAGAAAUGGAAAAUUUGAAAGGCGGUUGAGUGGUUAGGAUGUCAUGAAGGGAAAGGAGUGGUUCUUCAGUUUCUGAGAGAUACUGGAUUAUUUAAGAGGAUUUAAAGAGUUAGAUGUGAUAAACUAAGUAAGAACUAAGAAGUAAACUCCAGGGGGCAGCAGUAAUGCAACAUCUAUGGAUGCAAGCUGCCGUUAAAAUGGAAGAAGAAGAAGAAGAUUGCGCAGGCACUGGAUGUUGAUUCGAGACUGACAUGGAGAGAGCAUAUUGACCGGAUUGAAACCAAAUGCAAAAAAGUUAUUAAUGUUAUGAGGUGUGUAGCUGGGAGGGAUUGGGGAGCGAGCUCUUCUGCUUUGAAAAGACUUUACCAGGCAUUAAUUGGAUCGGUCUUUGAUUAUGGGUGUGUGGCGUGUGGUUCGGCAGCUCCUUCUGUGUUGAGACGUUUGGAUGUUCUGCAGUCGGAAAGCCUUAGAGUGUGCUGUGGAGCUUUUAAAAUGUCUCCAGUCAAUGCCCUACAGGUGGAGAUGGGGGAAAUGCCUCUAGAUCUUAGGAGGAAGCAAAUAUCUGUGAAUUACUGGGUUCAUCUCGGUGGUCAUGGUGACGCGCAUCCCACAAAGGAGGUAAUUUUGGAGUGCUGGGAAUAUGGGAAAAGUCAGAAGGAUCAUUUUGGAAAGGUGGGGAAUCACUGGGCUAAGGAGUGUCAUGUGUAUGACCUUAAAAUAUGUCCUGCAGUAGUGUUCCCUGUGGUUCCUCCAUGGUUAUUGGAGACCCCUUCUGUGGACUGGUACUUGCUGGAUCUGAAAAGAAAAUUGAAAGGAAGACUGGAUCUUGUUUCAGCAUUCCAAUUUCACAGGUUGAAUGAAUACCCUGAGUGUAUUCAUGUGUUCACAGAUGGUGCUAAAAAUCUGGACAAUGAAAUUACGGUGUUUGGAAUAGCGGUCCCAUCAAAAAAUAUUGGAAUGAACAGAUGCACUUCGGAUGGACUGGCAGUGUACACAGUUGAGAUGGCAGCAAUUUUGGUAGCAUUGAAAUGGAUAGAAUAUUCAAAAAUCAGACAAGUGGUAGUAUGUUCUGACUCGGCAUCUGUUCUUUCAAGUUUACAAUCAUUUUGUUCAAAGACAAGGCAGGAUAUGCUGUAUAAUAUUCUGGAGACUAUAAGCAGAAUAAGGUGUAGUGGCGUCAAUAUUCACUUUCUUUGGGUGCCAGCUCAUGUAGGAAUCAGUGGAAAUGAAAAAGUGGAUAGAUUGGCUAAAGGAGUUUUGAAUAAAAAUAGGAUUGAGAUGGAAAUUAAAAGCAGGAAAUCUGAAGCAAAAGGUAUUGUUUGGAGGCAGGUUGUUAAGGAGUGGCAGAAGCGGUGGGAUUCUGGGAGUAAGGGCUUAGGGUGCAUAGGGGUAAUAGGAGAGAAGAGGUGGUCAUUACCAGGCUUAGACUGGGUCAUUGUACAUUAUAUAAAACACUACAGAUGGUAGGAGAACAUGAGAUGGGGUUCUGUGGAGUGUGCCAGGAGGAGGAGGAGAUGGUAGAGCAUGGAAUAUUGCAGUGCAAGGGGUAUGAAGUGGAGAGGAAGGAUCUGCAGGAUAGAAUGAAGAAGCUGGGAGUUAGGGAGUUUACUCUGAAGAGUGUGUUGGAGGGUAGUAGGGCACAGAUAAGGGAAUUGGUGGGGUUUCUGAAGGAUAUAGGGGUUUAUGAAAGACUGUAGGGGUUUUUUUGUUUUUUGUUUUUUUGUUUUGCUAUAGGUUGUAAGCUGUCUGUCCCAUACUCCGGAACAGUAGGGGGCGGUAAUGCUCCUUUAAGUUGGUUGCCAACCGCCGUUAACAGAAAAAAAAGAAGAAGAAGGCACUGGAU